GGGAGACGCAGGCGGCGACGAUCGGUAGAGGAGCCUAGUGCCCUCCGCCUAGCAGUCCUCCCUGAGUCGGUUCGCGCACUCGCGCUGUUGCUGCCCGCAGCAAGGUGCCUGCGGCCAGCCGGCCAGGGCGCAGCGCAUUCGCCGGCGGGUUCCUCGGAGGCUUGGCCGGGAACUGCACCUGGAGGCGGCCCCGGACGGGGAUGGUCGGCGGCUGCAGCCGUCUGGCACGCGAGCGGGACACAGUGAGGGCACCAUGGCGCUGACGCCCCGGCGGGGCUCUUUGGAGGGGCUGGUACGGCCGGAGCUCUGGCUCCUGCUGCUGUGGACAGCCGCGUGGCGCCUGGGUACCACGGCGUGCCCCGCCCUCUGCACCUGCACAGGCACCACCGUGGACUGCCACGGCACGGGGCUGCAGGCCAUCCCCAAGAACAUCCCACGGAACACCGAGCGCCUGGAACUCAACGGGAACAACAUCACCAGGAUCCAUAAGAACGACUUCGUGGGGCUCAAGCAGCUUCGGGUGCUGCAGCUGAUGGAGAACCAGAUUGGGCGGUGGAGCGAGGAGCUUUCGAUGACAUGAAGGAGCUGGAGCGACUACGGCUGAACCGGAACCAGCUGCAUGUGUUACCAGAACUGCUGUUCCAGAACAACCAGGCUCUGUCCAGACUG